UCCGUACUCUCAUGCCUUAUCUUACUAAAUCUGAGUCGAAAGUCAUGGAUUGGAUGUAUAAGAUAAUAGUAUUUUUGUAUGUGGUUAGAACCAUAUCUUAGCUCUCACAUCACGGGCAACACAUUUUCUACGUAGACCUAUCAUGUUACUCAAAAUUUCUAUAUAAUAGACCUAUCAAGUUACUCAAGAAUUUAUAAUUUCUAUAUCCAGCUAAAACCUUUCUGUUUCACAAGCCAAAAAAUAGAAGGCAGUGAUGGAAAGGAGUUGCAAGGUUUGUGUCACCGGUGGUGCUGGUUAUAUUGGUUCUCUUUUAGUCAAAAAGCUUUUGGAAAAGGGCUACACCGUUCAUGCUACUCUUAGAAACUUGAAGGAUGAAUCCAAAGUAGGUUUUUUGAGAGGCUUUCCACAUGCAGAUACUAGACUUGUGUUAUUUGAAGCUGACAUAUACAAAUCAGAUGAAUUUUGGCCUGCAAUUCAAGGUUGUGAGUUUGUGUUUCAUGUUGCUACUCCUUUUCAACAUCAAACUGAUUCUCAGUUUAAGAGCAUAGAGGAAGCUGCAAUAGCAGGUGUAAAAAGCAUAGCUGAAAAUUGUAUAAAAUCAGGAACAGUGAAAAAAUUGAUAUACACUGGAACUGUAAUUGCUUCUUCUUCACUGAAAGAUGAUGGAAGUGGAUACAAAGACUUCAUUGAUGAAACUUGUUGGACACCUCUCCAUCUUCCUCUUACUGCUCACCAUAGGGAUUACGCGGAUUCAAAGACAUUAGCUGAGAGAGAAUUACUAAUGAGUUAUGGUAAAGAUAAAAAUGGAAGUGGUGGAGUUGAGGUAGUAACUCUAGCUGUUGGACUAGUGGGAGGGGAUGCUCUUCUAAGUUACAUACCCCCUAGUGUUGCAGUGAUUACCUCUCAACUUAAAGACAGUGAAGCCGUAUAUCAAUCUUUGAGGUAUAUAGAAGAUUUGUGUGGAAAAGUUCCACUAGUCCAUAUUGAUGAUGUUUGUGAAGCCCAUAUAUUUUGUGCUGAGGAUUCAACUAUCAAUGGUAGAUUCUUGGUUGCAAGUUCAUUUGCAUCAUCAGCAGAGAUAUCAAAUUACUAUUUUCAAAACUAUGCAGAAUUCAAUUUGAAGGAGAAGUAUUUGGAAGGGCCCAACAGGGCAAUCAAAUGGGCCUCAACAAAACUCGUAGAUAAAGGAUUUAUCUACAAAUACGAUUUCAAGAUGAUAUUAGAUGAUAGUAUAAAAUGCGCAAAAAGAGUAGGUUAUCUUAGUAUAUAAUAUGAUGUAUAAGUUAUAUUGUUAUAUUGUCCAUAAGUUAUAAUUAUAAUUCAAUCGACAAUGUCAAGGCGGACACUUUCACCUAA